GAGUUUCUUUUCAAACAGGAAGCCGCUCAGCAUCUCCCGCGCUCUCACACGCGACCGAACCCUCAGUGGACACACUUCGUUCCGUUGCCUUAGAAACUCAAAUAACGGUUUUUAUUUCGCGGGAAACCUCUCCUGAGAUCGAACAACUGCAACUUUUUCGUGUCUUUUUGCCUUUUCAAAUAGCUUUUAUCGAGGGAACGUUGGCUCGAAAACUCGUCCAAUGAGUAAUUUAUACGAAAAUAUCGACGGUCAAGAAGAACUGGACUUUCCAUUACUUUUCUUGUUCAACCAACCUGGCAAUGACUUACCUCCAGAUGACCAAGCUGAUGACGCUGGCAUCCCCUCCAGCCACGGUACCAAUCAGACCCAUCAAGACCCUUCUCUGUACGAUGAGGAGUCCGUGUCCCAGUUUUCCCACCAUCUCCCCACCGAUGACCUUCUCACCUAUGGGCAAUCUGAUUAUAGACACCCCUCCAUGCUUGCCAGCCACACCGGAGCGCUCCAAGGCAACGGCCCGAGAAUUGAGAUCACCUGCCCUGACCUGUACCAGCAUGACCACGUCCACACCAACCCUGUGAACAUCAGUCGGCCCAUGCUCGACAUCCCUUACAGGGAGAGCCAAUGCCUCAGUCCGGCUAGCAGCACGUCCUCUACUAGCUGGCAUUCGGAUGGCUAUUCUCCCGGGACAUACUCCCCCUGCAUCUCUCCCGGAGGCGGUGAAGGGACUCUAGUCGGAUUGACCGAAGCCGACCUUUGCCCGAUGAUGCAGGCCAUCCAAGCUUCGGGUUCUCCCAACACGUCCCCUCGCACCAGCAUCACAGAAGACACCGUCCUGGACCGCCGUCCCACCUCUCCACGUUCUCGCUCGGCUUCUCCGCAGGGGAAGCGCACCUACGCCGAAUACGAGACCCAGAGAUCUCAAAGCCCCCGUUUUGGCCGGGACGAGCCCGCCGAAUUCUAUCCCCUGGCGAACUUGGAGGAUUCCAUGAACAGCCUCUGCAACAGCUUGACCAAACCAGUCCCUACUAAGAUUGUCCGACCUAAUCUAGAGUAUUCUGUCUACGCGGAAAGCCAGGCGGGCCUGUUCCCAACUAUGACGGAAGUGAAAAAAGAAUUCACUAUGGAAUCGUGCUAUUUCAUGCCCGCCAACUGGUCCAGUCAGGCUCUCGCGGGGGUUUGUAGUAUGCCUGUGGCUGCAUUGCCUGCGCUGGACUGGCCUCUUCCCAGCAGCACUGAGCAGUAUGAGCUCAAGAUAGAGGUUCAACCCAGACAACACCACCGGGCCCACUACGAGACCGAGGGCAGCCGGGGGGCCGUCAAAGCUUCUUCCGGAGGCCAUCCUGUCGUUCAGUUGCGAGGGUACACCGGGACGGAGCCGCUGGCUCUACAGGUCUUCAUCGGCACGGCUGACGACAGGAACCUCAGACCUCACGCCUUCUACCAGGUCCACCGCAUCACCGGCAAAACCGUCACCACCAGCAGUCAGGAACGAAUGCUGAACGGAACCAAGAUCCUAGAGGUGCCGCUGGAACCCAAGGAGAGCAUGAGAGCUGUAGUUGACUGCGCUGGUAUCCUGAAACUAAGAAAUGCCGACAUUGAGCUGAAGAAAGGAGAGACGGAUGUGGGACGGAAAAACACACGAGUGAGGCUGGUCUUCCGUGUCCACGUUCCUCAACCCGGGGGCCAGUGGAUCUCUCUCCAAGUGUCCUCACAAUCUAUCGAAUGCUCUCAAAGGUCGGCUCAUGAGCAGCCAGCAGUAGAGCGUCAGGACAUGGACCACUGUUCGGUUCUGGGUGCACCACAGAUGAUCCUUAGGGGCCAGAACUUCACAUCAGAGUCCAAAGUGAUCUUCUUUGAGAAAACACAUGUUGACUUGCAGAUAUGGGAGGCUGAGGCGAAAGUUUACAGAGACAAAUGCACAUCUAACCUGCUGUUCUUGGAAAUCCCUCCGUAUCGAGACCCCAACAUCUACCACCCGGUCAAAGUCAAAUUUCACGUGCUGAAUGGGAAGAAGAAAUGCAGCCAGCCUCAAAACUUCACCUACACGCCCCUCUCAGUGCCACAGAUUAAAGCGGAGCCGCCUGAAGAAUACCAGUAUGCACAGUUAGACCGUACUGGCCGUCCCAUCAUGGGCGUCUCUCCUCCCUCUUGCCAUCUUGUGGACGGCUGCAUGCUGCCGAUGGGCCCCUCGUACCAGCGAGCUCACUGCAUGUACCCUGCUGCCCCACAACACACACCCAUCCGCUACCCGCAGGAUCACACGGUGCCGGGAGUUUUCUCCGGCUCCCCGGCUCACGCUUCCACACACAGCGCGACCUCUGUGUCUACAUUUGUGCCGAACACCUUCCAGCACACAAUGGCCGGUAACAGCUUCCAAACGGCCGCCUCUCUGUUUCCCACCCUCGACGUCUCAGAGCUCUGCUCCGCCGCGGCCCAUCAGAAAGCGUACGGCUCGAGGGCUUCCCCAACCACAGGGAGAUCCCCUCCGGCCCGCAGCCAUCAGCAGACAUACCUGCCGGUGCAUCACCAGAGAAACGUCAGUCCUGUGAGAGUCACCAUCAAGCAGGAGAACCUGGAUCAGGCCUAUCUGGAUGAUGCCGUCCAAUCACAGUGGAGGAUGGGGCGGGACAAAUACCACGCCGACCCACCGCCUCUUCCUGCUUGUACGACAGCAACAGACGACAAAAUGAACGCUGUUAUAAGAAAGGACCUUGUUCAUAAAAAUAACCUCUGAUGUCAAUCGUGGAAGAGAAAUCGUCAUCCUCUCUCAAGAUUCAGCAUCAUCACAGAUGAAGACGUCUUGGCAUUGAUAUCUAUUUAAAUCGCUAGUUUUUCAUAUCUAUGAUUUGUACACAAAAGGGUGACCAGUAUGAUCAUGUUCAACAUUAAAUCAGUGUGCUUUACUGUUGUUUAUAUAUAUAAAUAUAUAAUGCCUAUUUUCUCAAAUCAUGUUUUUAUUAUAAAUCGACUUUGUAAGACAUAUUUAUCGAUGUGCAUUUCAAAUAAAAUGUUUUAAAGUGGC